AGCAGAAGUCGACAGACUCGACUCCCCCUCUAUGUUGUGGUUGUCUACUAGAGUUUCUUCCUCCCCCCAAAGUCUGUGGGCGUAUCUUGUGAACUCUUGCACUACUCCCACGUUCACACUAUACUUCUCCGGCCGCGCACGUGGAGCCACGAGAAGAGCGGCUGCACUGUUGUUGCGUUCUUAAACGCUUCUUUGCCCUGAGCUCCUCGGCUAUGACGCGACGACAAACGCGGCCACCUGUGGUGCGAAGCAACCAACGAGGGACAAACUCCAACAUUCAACGACCAUGACUCCGGUUUGAGCUCCGCUCUUGUGUCAGCCUCACCCUUCUAUUUCUUCCCCCCCUAAUCCCGCUCUCUCUAAUUUGAGUCCGCGCACACCAUUAUGGUAGAUAAAGGCCCCUUGUUGACAUCGGCAAUUAUUUUCUACCUGUCCAUUGGGGCAGCCAUUUUUCAAGUCCUGGAGGAGCCCAAUUGGAAGCUGGCUGCAAAGCACUACAAACAACAGAAGGAGAAAAUACUGAAGGACUAUCCCUGUCUGACGAAAGAUGAUUUGGACAAAAUAUUACAGAUAGUCUCCGAUGCUGCUGACCAAGGGGUCACUAUAACUGGCAACAAGACUUUCAACAACUGGAACUGGCCCAACGCUGUCAUCUUUGCCGCCACUGUCAUAACUACUAUAGGUUAUGGAAACAUUGCUCCAAAAACCUCAACUGGACGUGUGUUUUGUAUCUUCUAUGGGCUCUUUGGUGUGCCUCUGUGUCUUACCUGGAUCAGCGAGCUUGGGAAGUUCUUUGGUGGACGAGCCAAGCACUUUGGCCAAUAUCUAACCAAGAAAGGAUUUUCACUGAGAAAGGCUCAGUUUACCUGCACAGCUAUAUUUCUUCUCUGGGGGUUGCUGAUCCAUUUAGUCCUUCCACCUUUUGUUUUCAUGUCCCAGGAGGGUUGGACAUAUAUUGAAGGCCUGUACUUUUCCUUUGUCACCUUGACAACGAUUGGUUUUGGUGACUUGGUAGCAGGUGUGGAACCCACCAAAGAUUACCCAACGCUGUAUCGUUACUUUGUGGAAGUGUGGAUUUAUCUUGGGCUGGCCUGGCUUUCCUUGUUCUUCAACUGGAAAGUACGAAUGGUGGUCGAAGCCCACAAAGCACUGAAGAAACGACGCAAGUUACGCAAGCUAUCUCUCGAUGAGCUACGGCUUUACAAAGAGUCUCACAAGGCCGCACUUCGCCUGCCACCCACUCCUAAGGAUGUCAACAUCUUUGGAUUCCUGUCUAAGAAGCAAGAAGGCUACAAUGACCUAAUCAAACAAAUUGGCACAAAAAGUGAUGAGCGAGACAAUAGUAGCCUAGGGAACGCCAACAGCGAUGCCAAAGACAUGUCUAGGUCUAAGAGCUGCAAUGACGCCCCUAUGUUUAACGGCCACACGAUUCUUAGUUUAGAGCGUUCACCACGGCACAAGAGGCGAUACAGCUUCAGUGACUGUGUCACUGUUGCUUUCUCAAAGUCUAAAAACUACCUCCUGGGCUCUGACAGCGGUUUGCUGCUAACGGAGGAUCAUGUCGACAGGGAUGCCGAACUUGACCAAGACCAAAUAUAUGAGAACCAACUUGACAAAGAUGUGGACUUGGAGAAUCCGGGAUUGGGAGAUUGUGGAAGAAGUAGUCGAAGGAGGUGGGAUUCAAAAGACUAUCAUUCCCUUACGUUCCAAAAUGCAAAUAUUACUUUCAUCGAUGAGGAAAACUUUCUGAGCAAUCUGGAGGAGGAGGAUAACGACGAUUCCAAAGCGAAAUUAUCUAUAACAACUUGUGAUGAGAACAUUGAAAGCGACUCCAAAGAGGAGCAGAGUUCAGUGUCAGACUUCUGUGUUUUUAGCAGUGAUGUAUCUGAACAGAGCCACUCUUAUGAGACGCUUGUCGAGGAAUAUUCAAAGGAGAACAAUACAGAACCUUGAAAGAACAAAGAACUGUCUUAUGAACUGUAAUGGUAUUGGAAGGUUUUCUAAUGUGAACUGUUUAAAAAAAAAAAAAAAAAAAUUGGACACCCCAUUGCGCUUUUGGGGUAGGAAUAGGAUAAACCACCGAGCCAAAUGAAUGUUUUCUUUAUCUUACAAAUGAAAAUCCAGAGUAUUUGAGCUUCCUGUGAUCCUGUUGCUAUCAGCUCUAUUUAUGUAAUGUCGGCCAAAUGUCUUAUUCAUAUCUCAAUCAUGAUCAAAUCGACUGUUUUCCUCUUCCACACUUCUUUUCUGUGCGUUGACCAUUUAGAAAAUGAUGUACAGUAUAUGUUUGAACAUAUAAGUUAUUACAUACACCAUAUUGGUGUUUUUAGAGUAUUUAAAAAGGUGGGCAUAGCAGUAGUCUGUAUAGUCAAAAGGGUUUAUGUGUCUCUCAUUGCACAAUUCCACCAGAUGAGGACAGACAAAGUCCAUUGUAGGGCAGAUUAAGUAUUUUUUUUUUCCAACCCAAGUUUAUCUAUUGUCCUAAGAGAACGUUUUUCUUUACGUUUCGUUCAUAAGUCCUUGAUGAAAGGUGUCUAUUCUGAGAUUGCUUUUUGUUUUGACUGUACACAACAGCCUUGUGGCAGCACCAAGGUCAUCAAGUUUUCACUGGUGACUUAAAAAAACAACUUACAGCUAAUUCAAGGAUAAUUGUUAAAGGAAAAACAAACAUUAUGAGCUGAAAAGCAUUGUUUGUUAUUAGAAAUAGUCUCAUGAGGAAAUCACAAAAUAUAUUAUUAGCAAAAGUUUCCUUGUAAAUCCCCCCCAAAACACUCUGAGAAUAUAGUCACUUUAUUCCUGAAGUAAACCAGACACUGUAUUAUUGUAUACAUAUAUUAUUAUUGUAUACAAUUUUUAUUGUGUAUAUAUAUAUAUAUAUAUAUAUUGUUAUCUGACCGCAUCAAAUACAAUUUUUGUUGCCGUUUUUAUUGUUGGAAUAUAUUACAUUUGAUAUUUACCUACCAAGGUACACUUUUUUCCCACCCAGCCCCACUUCAUUGUAUUGUAUUCAUCUUGUAAAUAUUGGCCAAAAGCCCAUCAGGAGCCACAAACACACCUCUUCUGACGACAUGGCCUUGCUACUAUUUGCCUUUGGGGGCUCGCACUGACAGAAAUGACUGUAGUAAUGCAAAUGACACCCAGCGAGGUGAACAACAGAGCAGAUCAAUUAUGUGUACAUGUGUUUCAGUUAUGUGCCAAAGUCAGCAGAAAUCUUCCUCUCUGUUCACGUUAUUUGAAACAGUUUGAGGGAAGCAGUUAAGAAUUCCUGUCCAUGGCCUUUACUUGCUCUUCUCCUGCCUUUUGCACACGCCUUAGAAAACUUGAAACCGUGUUGCUGUGAACGGCAACUUAUGAGAUCCCAGUGCCAUACAGCAGGGUUGUUGUCAAUUUUGAAGUCUCAAAAUAAUUUCAAGUCAUUGUAAUGUAAAUAUUUGGUGAUGUUUGAAGUUGUUGUGUCACAUGGAUCACCUUCUGCCUUACACUACCUUAAAUUAGAGGAAACGAUGUACAGCGCAACUUUAUAGUAAAUCACGUAAGUUGUAAACCUUUUCACUCAAGGACCAGGGUGUGUAAUAUUUUAGGGUUUUUUUUCCCACCACUGACAUUUCUGGGUCACAUUUAAUGUGCAUUUCUCUGGUGGAUUGUUAUGCUUUCCUAGUACUUGCCUACAUAUACUAAGAUGAUUUACUUCCUAAAGGUUAAACCCAUUUCUACAUUUUCCCUCACUCCUUUUUGUAAGAUCUCCACUGUGGCUAUUUACCUGUAUGUGUGGUUGACUUUUUUAUGAUUAAAUUAUUAAUGUUUGUAUAUGAUUGUAUUCUUUGUGUAAAAUAAACAUUAUUGAAAUGUG